AUGGCCUACUCAUUGAACUUGCAUGCACCAGAUCAUCAGACGAGCUCUUGGGAGCUAGGAGAGCAUACCAGUCCCUCUACAGUGAAUCCAUCGAGGAAGACGUUGCUUGCCAAGUUGAAGGCAUCCAACGCCAGAUAUGAAGGAUCACGAAAGAAUGAUGCGGCAAUUGAAUCGGAUGCUCAAAAACUUAAUAAAGCCGUUAGAAAUGGUGAUAAGACGAUGCUAAUCAAGGAUGAAGAGAUUAUUUUAGAUUCAGCAAUGAAAGCUAAUGCAACCAAGAAUGAACAAGAAGCCCUAACUCGAGUUAUUGUAACCCGAACUGAUGUUGAUAUGAAGGACAUUGCUGAGGAAUAUAAUAAGCAAUAUGGAACUCCUCUAGCCAAGAAGAUUGAAGAUGUAGCUAUUGGAAAUUAUAAAGAUUUCUUAGUCACGUUGGUCCAAAGAGCUCUAGCUAAAUGA